AAGAAACGCGUCAAGAAUGUCAACAAACCACGGUUUUCUUCACUAUUAAGACUCACCAAAUCCGGUUUCAACAUUAACUGCUCACCUUCUUCCGUUACGACCUAUAAUAACUACAGAAAUCGCCCCCUUCAAUUCAUAAAUCUCAAUUCAUCUCAACACUUAUCUUUUCAUCUCCCCUUCUCUCCUUCUACAACAACACCAGUUCUGAGUUUUGAUUUAUCUCUUGCAUUUGGUUGUUCUUAGUUUUUGUGCACAAUGGCAAAGCAAUCCGAGUUGAACGGUGCAUACUACGGUCCAUCAAUUCCACCACAACAAUCAUAUCACAGUCAUGGCCGUGGAAGUCGCGACUGUGGAAUCUGUUGUUUCCCAUGCUGUAUUCUCAAGAUGAUCUUCCAAAUAAUCUUCUUUCUUCUCAUCGUGUUGGGUUUAGCAGCUCUUGUUGUUUGGUUAAUCCUUCGUCCGAUUAAUCCCUUGAAAGUCCAUGUCGAAGAGGUUUCCCUCACUCAAUUCAAUGUUACAGACAACAACAUCCUUCACUACAAUCUUGGUGUGACCAUAAAUCUAAGAAACCCUAACAAGAAAAUUGGUGUUUACUACGAUGAGAUUGAAGCUAGAGCUUUUUACGACGGUCAGCGGUUCGAUUCGAUCACGAUAACACCAUUCUAUCAAGGCCAUAAGAACACAACUAUUAUUAAACCAGUUUUCAAAGGGCAGAGACUUUUACCAAACGUACAAGGUGAGUACAACAAAGAUAAGACUGAAGGGAAGUUCGAUAUUGAAGUUAAACUCUAUCUUAAGAUGAGAUUCAAGGCCGGUGUUGUUAAGACUUUGAAGUUUAAGCCUAAGAUUAUGUGUGAGUUUGAAGUUCCUUUGGGUUCUGAGUCUAAUCCUGGAGUUGGGUUCACUGCUGAGAACUGUGAAUUUGGUUACAGAUUCUAAUCCUCCUCGGCUUAUUCCUUGGUUGAUUUUUUUUCGUUUUGGUACAGAGAGAGAUAGAUGCACUGUUGAUGAUAGGAGUAUUGUUUUAAUUGGUUCAUUUUCAUUUGUGUUAGGUGUUAUUUAGGUAACACCAUUUACUUUUUCCUUUUAAUGUGAAUAAAUAAUUUGAUAUUGAGUUUUAUAAGUACUUGUCCUUUC